ACUUUCUAUAUAUAUUAAGCGUCUUAAAAAAGCCGCCAAUUUUUGCAGUCGUUAAAAUAUUGUGUUUUAUUUAUUAGACAUGGAUAAUCAUAAACCGCACGAGGAAAAAAAACGCGAAGUUCGUUCUUUUUUGAUGGCCCGCGAACCAAGCGUCGAUCGUCGCUUUCGUCCUCGUCCGGAAAAACAGCAACGUUUAUUUGAUGGAAUUCGCGAAAGUGAAGAAAGUGACUCCACAGAAAAUGAGCUAACGGAUACUGAAUCCGAAUAUGAAGCAUCAAGCACGGCCACAGCUGAUAAUCCCAGCGAUGUUGAAUCUGGGCCUCAAGUAUUCCUGCGUCUACGCCCUGUAAAGAUGUCAUGCAAGGGAUACUUGAUCUCAGAUUGCGGUAAUGUGCUGGUCACCAUGAACGCCAACACUGAGAACACCAGCAACAAUGUAAAUCGCAUGGAAAAACAUUUUAGUUUUACCACCAUAUUUGAUAGUGAAGUUGGUCAACGUGACGUCUAUGACACUUGCGUGGGCCCGCGCAUCACGGACGAGGAGUGUGCCACAAUCAUGACCUACGGGACAUCUGGUUCGGGAAAAACAUACACACUGCUUGGUGACGAUGUACGUGCUGGCAUUAUACCUCGCGCCCUUGAGCAUAUCUUUUCUAUGUAUAGUGCGAAUAUAUAUCACGAACCCAAACUCAAAGUAAUCAACGAGUGUGUGGUAUUCCUGGAAGAUGAUGCCACAAUCAUAGAACAACAAAUACGUAUCAGGCUGCUAGAAAUGUGUCCAGAAUAUGCCCAUCAUGAUAGAAUUAAACAGGUUAUUCGUGGAGACCAUUCUUUUAAGCCGUUAGAAGGCAAUGAUUACUCCGUCAUGAUAUGGGUGUCCUUUGUAGAGAUAUAUAAUGAAUUGGUCUAUGAUCUGCUCGCAUUGCCACCAAGAAAAGCCAAACUGGGCAAUGUACAGCGAACGAAUUUGAAAAUUGUUGGAAGCAAUGGCAAAGUAUUUGUCAAGGGACUGAAUCGAGUGUUCGUUAAGAGCGCUGAGGAGGCUCUCAAAUUGCUACAGCUGGGUCAACAGCGUUCCACGUGUGCCUCAACUGCAGUAAAUGCAAAAUCAAGUCGAUCGCAUUGCAUCUUCACUAUUGAUGUUCUGAAAUACCACCGGUCGGGUAUGACAACACAAAAUACAUACAAAUUCUGCGAUUUGGCGGGAUCGGAGCGUGUAGAUAAAACUGGUACAAUUGGCUCCCGACUCAGGGAAGCUCAAAAUAUCAAUACAUCGCUUAUGGUAUUGGGUCGGUGUCUGGAUGCAGCCGCUAUGCCAUCGAAUAAAAAAAAGAAUAUACCAUAUCGUGAUUCCAAGCUAACGAUGCUUUUGCAGGCAUCAUUAUUGGGGAAGGAGCGUCUGGCUAUGAUUGUCACAGUGACACCACUUGAUCAAUUCUACGAGGAAAACCUGAAUGUUCUCAAUUUUGCCUCAAUAGCAAAGGAUAUUGUAUUUAAGCAGCCGAAACAGAAAUUCCAUAGCACUCGAUAUUCCGGUUUCAUAGAUCCGUCAGUUGGCGUAAUUUCUAGUGAAUACAUUAAAACCUUAGAGCAGGAGAAUUUAAAACUACGCUUGGAAGUCGAACGUUUGAAAUAUGAGACGACUCUGAAAUUGCAACUCCAAGAGGAAAAACUGCGAAAAGAGCUAUACAAUACCCACCAAGAAAUACUUGCAUCAAGUUUGAAAGUGGUGAAAGAUCAGAGUGAGAGAAAACUGGCAAACGUACGUCGGGAACAUGAAGCUAUGAUUGCACAUAUCAAACGGACUCAUGCUGAAAAGAUCGAGGAUCUGCAAGACGAAAUUAAUGAACUUCGUGAUGCUAACAGCGAUGUUGAGAUUAUCGAUGAUGAUGAUGAAGACGAUGAUUAAACUGUUAUUUUGUUGUUGUAACAGAGAGAUUGGCAUUAAUUUUUAGUUUCGCAUUGCUAUUUGUUUGCGAGAAGCUGUGUUGAUGUUCUUUUUAUUUAGUUUUUAAUUGUUUAGUAAUAAACAUUUAAAAGUGUCUCUAUAAGAUGAAUUCAUAACGCCAAUAAAUGAAGUUCAAUUGGUUAGUGGCAGAUACAAAUGUA